UCUAACACAUUCCCAUCAUCACAAUUCCAAUCCCUGCUAUCACUUCAACAGAAUCAAGAGCAUCAUAAAAAAACGAAGCCCCCCGUAUUAUCACACUGCGCUCAAGAGCUUUUUCCCAACUUUUCAUUUAAUCGUUUUUCUGUAUCCCCUCCACGGGCCGCACUCACACCACCGCAAGUCGCGAUAACUCAGCACUUUUACAUGGAGCCAGUGUUGAUCCAACACUUUACGUAAACACCCGCAAAACCGCUCAGUGUGAUCAUCAUCAAAUCAAAUCGAUCUUUGGAUGCAUUUAAGUUGAAGUUACCGCGAUUAUUAGUGCCGCAAAACCCUGUAAAUCAUGAUUAUUCCGUUAAUAAAAAGGCGAACAUGCCGAGUUGUCUGUGGGAAGAUGCUGACCGCCAGAGUAUCGCGACUGUCAAUGAAAGUGGACCCUGCGCCGCUGGAGAAACCCGAAGAUCCAUCGAAAGAAGUGACGAUUAAUUAUCUCGACGGAAAGGACAACGGAAUAGCAGUACUGGGUCUCAACAGGCCAGCGGCCAGAAAUUCCUUCGGCAGAAAUCUCGUGAGUCUGUUAUCAGAGUCAUUACACAAGAUACGGGACGAUGAGAAGGUCAGGGUUUUGAUUUUGCGGAGUCUAGUGCCGAAGAUCUUCUGCGCGGGAGCGGAUUUGAAGGAGCGGGCGCAGAUGACCGAAGCGGAAGUGGGUCAGUUCGUGAAUAUCCUGAGAAAUUUGAUGAGCGAAAUCGAGUCGAUACCGAUUCCCUCGAUCGCGGCGAUCGAUGGAGCCGCUCUUGGUGGUGGUCUUGAGAUGGCGUUGGCCGCUGACAUGAGGACGGCUGCGUCCGAGGCGAAAAUGGGACUCGUGGAGACGAAACUGGCGAUCAUACCCGGUGCGGGGGGGACUCAGAGGCUCCCCAGGAUCGUGGGGGUUGCUAAGGCGAAGGAGAUGAUCUUCUCGGCGAAGAUCCUGGACGGCGAUGAGGCGGAGGACAUUGGACUCGUUAACAAGGCUGUGCCGCAGAACAGGGGGGGAGAUGCUGCGUAUCAGGCGGCCUUGAGCAUCGCUCGGGAAAUUCUGCCUAAUGGACCGGUUGGAGUCAGGAUGGCAAAGGUAGCAAUCACGAGAGGAAUCGAGGUGCCAAGCGACCAAGGCUUCGAGAUUGAGAGGGAGUGUUACUCAAAGAUACUUAAAACCAAGGACAGACUAGAAGGGCUGGCAGCAUUCUCCGCAAAACGUGUGCCAAUUUACCGUGGCAUGUAACGUGGAAUAAUUAAUAUUAACUCUAGGCACCACUGUGAUAACGUCAAGUUAAAUUCUGUGUAUAUUCUGCAAUAUCAACAUACAAUACAAUUUUCAUCUCAAUAGUUCACAAUUUUAUAUUCUUUUUUUUUCACGAAUCUGCGUGUAAUACGUGAUUUAACUAAUCCCCAGGUAAAUAGUCUAUUCUCCCAUAAACUUUUUGAUCAAUAAAAAUAAAACGAUGAUACACUGUGCAAAGUC